CGGGCAGAGAGAAGACUCGAUAUCUGAAUAUCAUCACAUUAUCCUAUUACAAUCGUGAUAAGUGAAAGUAAAUGCAAUUACAUUCUCUACUAUUACUUGUUUACAAUUAGUGAUUUUUUUAGUACCGAGCAUUUGCAGUGAAUAUAAUUUUCAUAUUGUUUUUCCGUCACAAUAAAAUAUCAUAUGAUUAAUGUCAGGAAUAUCGUGCAAAGUAUCGGGCAAUCAUAAUUAAUCAUAAUUAUUGCGAGUGAGUGUUGCGAAUGAGUGCUAUAAAGGAACAGGAAGGAAUAUGAGAAGGUUAAGAAAAUAUCGAACGAAGGCGAAGCAACCAUAAAGUCACAAACGAGGAGUGACAAUACAAACGUCGACGGCAAACGUCGCAAGACGCGCGAUUACUCUCUUUGGACGAGUUUACAGAUGGGCAAGAUUUGGUUGCAAGUGCAAGACGCCUGCAAGAACGUCGCAAAGCUCGCGACGAGCGUUAGCCGUGUAGUGAGAGACGCAUCUAAAUCAGAACACUCGCAGAGAAAUCUCGUCCAAGUGACUGACGCGAGUCUUGUCAAAAGUUCGUCUUUGUGCGCCGACAAUAUAUGCAAAGAAACGUAUGAUAAAAAUUUAAGCACGAGGAAGGAAAGAGAAUUGGUAGUGCGUCGAGAACGCGAAAUCGAAGACUCGAAUGAUGCGGAAGCAUCGAUGCGACAAAAUUCACGACUCGUUACAACAGCCUCUCGUCACGAAAUGCGCGAGCAAGAGCAUCAAAAUGCCAAAAAAGAGAAGAAUGAAAAAUCUUGUGUAUUUUACACAGAAUGUGACAGAUAUCCGGACAUCGUAGCAUUCCUACCACAAACUGAGACGUACGACCACGAUAAGAAUAUACAUCCUCAAUCUCAUUUGAGUGGAUCCUUUAAAUAUCUAGAGAACUCUGUAUACCUAGAAGUUCGCAAUAGGGGUGGUAGCGAUGACGGCCGAGAUUCUAUGAAGAGCACUGAAGAUAAGCAGAAAUCCGCUCGCCAUAAAGAAUCGAGAUCAAUUAGACAUCAUCGAAAUUGCACCUCGAAGAAAUGCACAUGUUGCAGCAGGAUCCGAGGCUCGCGCGAACGUCACGUUGAAAAUCAAAAUUUGCAACACACGGCUCUCUGUCACGAAUUUGCAACUGCUCAUCAUCAAACGAUUCGCGCAGACUCGGAUGUCUUUCGUAAUAAUCCGCCACAUGGUGAACACCACUCGAGUGUAGCCAUUCCUAAAGAUAACGAACAAAGAAAAAUGUCCGAGCAAAUAAGAUUUUGCAAGAAAAUCGAAGUGGACGAGAGUUCCGAGUGUACGGGCGACGCGGAAACUGCGGAGAUCGAGCACGCGACGCGAGUACUUUCGACGAAUCCCACGAUUCAUUCCUCACAAAACAAUCCGCAUGAACCGAUAGCGUCGACUUCCAAAUAUGAGACGCCGCUUGUAUCAUCCGGAAAAUCACAAAACAAUCAUCCCGGUUCGAAAUCGGCAUUUUACAAGACGGCGAUGAAAUUCUCGAAGAAGCGCCGGCCGAUUACCAAUAAUAAAAUUAUCGCGUUAUUUAAACGGAGUGGGAGGAACAUCAGAAGGAAAGAGCCAUCGAAUGUUACUAAUCACGAUAAUGAAAUGAAGAUUACGCAAGUAAAACCGUCUACUGUGCAAAUCACUCGAGAAGGUAAUAAAAAGCGGAUCAACAUAAACGUUCGACAGCAAACACUCGACGCGAUUGUUGCGAGGAUUUUAUCGGAAUUCCUCGGUGAGACGAAGAAAAAUGUGUUGAUGAGCAUAACGUUAGACUCGGAAUCGGAUAAUGACGUUUUAGAUAGAAAAGAGAUGGAAACACAAACACUGUUGAAUGACAAUACUCUCGCGGGGACAGAUGAGUUUAACUAUUCGAACAGAUACCCUCAAGCUAUGAUCGCGCCCAUGACAAAGAAGGUGCAAUGUUUCGUUUGCGAGAAACAAGAUUGUUACGAAAUAAUACAAUCAAAUAACUCGAUCACUUUGGAGGAUGCAUUAGUUGCCGAAUAUCCAGAAACGUCUGAAUAUAACGAUCAUUUUGCGGAACAAAAAACAAAUGUCAUUUCAUGAUUUAUGCCUGAAGAAUUUUCUCAACAGAUCAUCUCUUGUAAAUGAAUAUAUCUAUAAUCGUAAAAUAAACAAUUUUUUUCAAAUAGCAUUCGCGAUAUAUUAAAACUUGCGUUUAUCAGAUUUUUAAUAUAAAUCGAA